UUUCCGGAUUAUAAGUCGCACUUUUUUUCAUAGUUUGGCCAGGGGUGCGACUUAUACUCCGGAGCGACUUAUAGUCCGGAAAAUACGGACUUCACGGCAACCGGGAGAAUGCGCCACGCUACGUUCUCGGAAGUCAUUGAAUGGAUCAGCAAAGCAUGGGCUUCCGUGAAAACCGAAAGCAUCCUGCUGGGAUUCAGAAAGGCUGGAAUAAUUGCAAAUGUAACUGACGACGAGUCUGACAAAAGCGACGAAGAAGAGGAAGCGGCGCUUCGUCCACCUCCAGAGUUAGCGGAGUUGUUCAUAAGUGACACUGAGGAUGAAGAGUUCAAUGGAUUUGAUGAUUUGGGGUGUGAUGGGAAGAUCGCUUGUGAGUUUAAGACGGACACGAUAGGCAGCCCUGACCCAUGUGUCGGAACUUACAAAUACUACAACACCACUUACAAUUGUAUCCAAGCACGUGUCAGUAUGACAUGUGAGGGCAGUUUCAGCACACUGGCCUGUGGAAAUGAUGUGAUUCAGAUCGUCAGUGCUGACUAUGGCCGCACUGAUGUGGAAAUCUGUUCAAACGGACAACCCAGCAGCUUGAUAGAGAACACAGACUGUCAUGCUCCUGACACGCUUACUAGUGUGGUUGAAGGGUGCAAUGAAAAGAGAAGUUGCAUUCUGGAAGCUUCAAAUGCCAUCUUCACCGAUCCUUGUGUUGGGACUUACAAGUAUCUGGCCGUCUCCUAUUUCUGUCGACCUACUCAGACCAGUGUGACUUGUGAAGGCAGUACUGCUGUGCUGGCAUGUGAAGUUGGGCUCCUAAAAAUCCAUAUUGCUAACUAUGGACGAACUGAUUCCACUACGUGCUCUUUGGGACGACCCUUUGGUCAGAUCACCAAAACAGACUGCUUCGCAACCACUUCUUUAUCUGAAGUUGCAACAAGAUGUAAAGAUAGGAGCAACUGCACAGUUCCUGCCACAAACACUGUCUUCACUGACCCCUGUGUGGGCACCUAUAAGUACCUGAGCAUUGUAUAUUCCUGUGUGGUUAAUGACUUUCUCUUCUCACUUUGACCUGUCCACUGAAGGUGACACGAACAGAUAAGGCACCAAAGUUAGAACAGUGUGACCUUUUGUGCUCUGCUAGAAUGAAGUUCCUUAAAAUGCAAUAAAUGCUGAGCCUGCUGUGGAAAGUGA